AUGGUUGCCAUCAACAGUCAUUUUUCUGCUGACCAGUUUCCGUUACUGCCUAAACCAACCUAUCAGCCGGGAUCCUUUGAUCCUAUAGAAGAUCAUAAGACAACACGACCAAAAGGGUCAAGUAUUCUACAUAGACAAUUGAAACGCCUUCAACGCCAACACUCUGUUGUCCUGUCAAAGGUUGACAAAGAGGAGAAACGAGAGCGAUUAAGUCGUCAUCCUGAUGAAGAUAAAAAACAUGGUCAGAAAGAUGGCUACAGAAGGUUUGAUGAUGAUAGAAAGGCCCACCGAAGGGUCGUAUUAAAACGACAGAAAAGUUUUCAGUCAAGUUGUACAAAACUUCCUGAUAUAAAUAAUGACAAGGAAGAAAUAUUUCGUCGCCAUAGUGUUGCAUCGCUGACCAGUGACGGAAGGGAUGAUCGUAGUGUAUAUCUGAGGCACCAAAGUGUGCAAUCUAAAUAUAGCGAUGAAUCAGAUGACCCUAUUGGAAUUCGCUUCUACCGUAACGCACAUUCUAAAUAUAGUGAUGAAAGGGAUAAUCAACUUAGUCGAAGUUUACAAUCAAAAUACAGUAACCAAAGGGAGAACCGCCUAGGAAAUCAUCAUUUCCGUGGUGUAUAUUCUAAACACAGUGACGAAACAGAUGAACACAUUGGAUAUCACAAGAUCAGAAGUUUCAGCUCAAAAUUCGGUGAAGAAAGAAAUCACCAUUUUGGAAAUCAUCCUUUGAGAACUGUUUAUUCUAAAUAUAGCGAUGAUAGGGAUGAUCGUAAACUUCAUCAUCAUAGAACAUUUUCUAAACAUAGUUAUGACUCAGAUCAUCAUAGAACAGUGCAUUCUGGGUACACAUCUGAUGGUGCUAAUUAUGAAAACAAACUGCCACUUAUUCACCCUGGAAAAAACAAGGAUCUGGAUAGGUUUCGACAACAUGACGAAAGUAAAAAUUCUAAAUAUGGAGAAAAACUUCAGGAAGGAAAUAGUGAUACACCAUUUAAAAACACAGAUGAUACAGAUCAAAACAAAGACUAUUUUCGACUUGUUCAACAACGAUUUGGCCGACAACAAAGACGUCGUCCCAGAGCCUUGCUUCUCCAACGUUCCAAAGAAAAGCGACGUCAUUGUCGGAACGUGUUCUUGAAAUACAGUGCAGACCUUGAGGACCGUCAAAGAUUGAGACGUCUUGGGUCUGGCCUUCUGCCACCAGUUGUUGUAGACAGCCAUAUACUUACACAUAUGCUGUCAUUGCUUGAUGGACAGAAGAAAAAAGUCUUACUGGACACAGAUUUUAUCGAUGACAAGUCCUCUGAACAUUCUGGAUCAUUCAAGGGCAAGGCCAGGAGGUCAAAGGGCAGCAAGAGCAGAAAGUCUCUGUCGUCAUCUCGGGAUGAAAAAGAAUAUGUUGGAAAUGUACCGGUUGUCUCAAUGCGUGCAGGAGAAUCUUCUCCUACCACACUUCCACACAUCUCUGGAACCCUGCCUCUGCCACCUAUCGGGGAAGCCAGCCGUGAACAGACCAAUAUUCCACCUGUAGUGCUGCCACCUAUUGGCACUGAAGCAGUCCCUCUAGUGAGCGUACAGCCACCUACCCCACAGCACACGUUCCUUUCCAUGCACGGAGCUCAGGAACCAAGUCUCAAUACUCAGGCGGAGGAGGAUCCGCAAGAUUUAACUGAUGGAGCGUGGGGUACAGGAGAUAAUGAAUUACUUCGACAGAGAGCAAUUGAACAGGAACGUCGUCGCAAGGAAGAAAAACUUAGAAGAAAACGAGGGGAAGGUCCUACCGUAUCAGGCGGUUCCUACCUCCAGAGCAGCAGUGAAAGUCUUGGGGCUGCUAGUGCAGGUUCUAUUCCAGUAGCCAAACCAGUUCGUACUAACUGGAAGGGCAGUAACCAAAGCCUCCGCAGUCUGGGGUCGAAGAAAGACGACACUGAUGGACAUAAGUCUCCAGAAAGAGAAAUUGAUGCUCGAAGUGGAGACGAAGGAUCACACAAAGGAAGUGUGAUAUUUGGACCCGAUGGUCAAGUGAUCAGUGUGGGAGGGGCCAUCCAACCAUCGCCGCGAUUGGAAGCGACCGGUAUGAUCGACCAAGUUACUGAUGCUAAUCGUAUCUUUGGCAAAGGUAGCAAAAAACCAGCUCCAAUAAGUAAAGAUCUUGUCAGUGAUGAAUCUGAUGAUGAACCUGAAGAAUGGAAACACAGUAAAGCUCUGCGUCGUCGGGAUGUAGUAAGACGAGAGAUCGACUAUACUUCGGGUGAUAUUGACGCCACACAGUCGAUGAAAUCGUGGAGCUACAUGUCUAGGGACAAUGAUACAGAUAUAAUAGAGUUAGCUGCCCAAUCUACAAGCCUGCCCGGUGGUCUUGCUAGUAAUUACGAGCAAGAAACCCACUUUAGAAUACCUAAAGAUAUCACAAUUUUAAGUCGAGCCACAGAAAAAACAGAGGAAAAUGACAGAGCAGAGCCAACCCCUGCCCUGGACACAUUCUCAACCCGCUACCCAGCUCCCCCUGGUACCGAGAUUCUCAACUCAUCCAUGGGAGGGGAGGGAACUGCUGCACCUAGCAGGCUAACCUCAGUCAGUCUCGACGAAACGCCUCUCCCUGUUCCCAUAGAAACUCCACAUCCAGAAAAGAUAGAUGAAGAGUCAAAGGAAAGUGAAGGUCAGGAAACUAGAGAAGGAACAAUUUCCAAGGUUACUGAGGGCAGCCGUUUAAGCAGCAAUGCUGAAGGUCCGGCUCCUGUCUCCCAAGUAACAUUUAUUCAGAAUUCCAAAUCUUUUGUCAACACACCCCUAUCCAACACUGAGAGCAAUGAACAGGUCCCUGUGGAGGAAACAAAGGAGGAACAACUGCCCGUGGAAAUACCUGUAGAGCUGCCGGAGGAAAAAACAAAAGGAGAGGAAGAAAGUAGAGAAGAAGAACACAUUCAAAGGGAGGUAACACCACCCCAAGUUUCUAGGCAGCAGUCUCGGAUCUCAUUAAUCAAGCCUGUUGCUGAGACCACAGAGGUUGUCGAACAGGAAGAAGUUGUUACAGGGAGUGUCCCGGGAUCUGCUAGAGAAGGUUCUGUGAAAUCCCAGAUAUCAGAAGAGGAUAUUGUAAAUGCUCUCACUGAGCACGCCCAGCAGGUCGCUUCAAGUAUUCUUAGUUCCAAGCCUGACACAGGCAAAGACCUUGAGGCCGAUGUCAGGCAAGCUGCGGAGAUGUGGAUGGAGCGUCACCCACCGCGUCAAAUCUCUCGCAGUGAGUCAGUACAGGAACACGGCGACACUACUGUUAUAGAUGAGAUUAUAGAGAUGCAGAAACAUAAGAGGAAGAGUGCUGGUCCAACUGCUGGAGAGUACCGAGAUUUGAUAAAGGAUUCUCUAACUACUGCCAUGAAAGCCCAAGGACUGAACGAGAACAUACCAGAUGACACAGAAAUCACACAGGAAGUCAUCGAGGCCCUUACAAACGGUUCGCUCACUCCUGAGGAUCUGGAACUUGUUCAUGACAGUGACAGUGGCAAGAGUAUCAUCAGAUCGCGCAGUCAGAUGGCAAGCGCAAUGGGAGGGGUCAAGGAAGGUCAUAUAUACGUCUCUGGGGCUAAAAACGGAAAGAAGGCACCUGGGUCUAUCCCUGUUGACCGCACCUCAAAUGUUGAUGUUGGCGAGUUUGACGUUAUAAAAUAUGGCACUGCUGCAUCUCAGUCUGGCUCUGAGAAAGCGCCGUCUGAGAAAGCAAUGUCUGAAAAAGCAAUGUCCGAGAAAGCUCCCUCCGAGAAAGCUCCCUCCGAAAAAGCUCCCUCAGAAAAAGCACCUUCUGAAAAAAUUGGUAAGUCACAACCGCCAUCAAGAAUGGGAGAGUCCAUUGUUGAGGAGCCUCCGGAGGUCGUUGAGGCGGACAAAAAAUCUACAGUAUCAUUUCAAUCAGAGGGUGAGCCGCAGGUGGAUGAGUUCAAGAAGGCAAUUGAGGAAAUCGAAGAACAGCAGACCAAGGAACCAGAACCACCACAACAGGAGGAACCCAAGCUUCCAGACGAACAGAGAGCUCGGAGUAGAAAAAGCAACAGAAGUCUACAGAGUCACCACAGUUUUCAAAGUCAUCGAAGUCGAUGCAGCCAUUUUAAGUCCGACAUCAGUAAGAAAUCUGAUGAGAAAAGUACCAAGAGUGCCAAGAGUCGUGUAUCAGACAAGAAGAGUAAGGUGUCUGAUUCUACGUCACAGAAAGGGAAGUCGGAACUGGAGAAACGUGAUGAGUUUGUUGUCGGCAAAGUGAAACAGACAAAUGAGUUAGAACAGUUGUACGGCCCUGUAGAUCCUCCGUCUAAAGAGCCAACUCAGCCCUCAGAACCUGAAGAAAAAGAUUCCACACCCGAGAUUGCUCCCCCCAAAAAAGUGGAAAUGCCACGUAAAAAAGCAGCAGAACCCGUGAAAAAGAAAGAAGAACCGGUGAAAAAGAAAGAAGAGCCGAAAAAAAUUGUGGUGAAUCCACCACAAGUAGAAGAAGAGUUAUCUACCAUUCCAGAGGAUGGCAAACCCAAUUUCAAAGGAGAGUUGGAAAAACUUUUUGGAAAAUUACCAGCGAAUAAAGACAAGGGAAAACCAAAAGACAAGAAGCCCAAAGCAUCCCCACCUCUGAAGAAACCAAAAGAAAAAGUUAAAAAAGGCAAAGGGAAAGGAAAAGCUAAGAAAGAGGAAGAAAAGGAAGCAGAACCCCCUCCAAAAGAGCCCACUCCCCCACCUCCUAAAGAACCGACCCCACCCCCACCUGCCCCCGAGGAGAAACCUGACGAUACAGAGUCCCUGCGGGAGUCCAUAGUCGAAUCCUACAAAUCCGAAGAGGAGUCGGACUUUGAGUUCAACAUUGUACGGGAUUCUCCAUCACCUGAACCCAUUCAACAGUCUCUUCCGUCACUGCCGUCUUACGAUGAUAACACUGAAACUGAGAACGAGGACGACGAGGAAGAUAGAGGAAAGAAACAAAAACGACAGAGGGCUAAGAAGCAGAAGGAUGAAGCUGCAAGACUCCGACAAAUUUCCAACAGGGAAGCCCGCGCAGCUAAGCGUGCUGCACAGGCAGAGAAACGUCGUCAAGAAGUAGAUCGCCGUCGUCGAGAACGAGAUGAACAGAGUAAACGUGAGAAAGAAGAAUGGGAGCGCCAAGAACUCCUGAAACAGGAACUGGAGGAAGCAAGAAAACGUAACGAAGAAAACAGGAGGAAACGGAGAGAGGCAGAAGCAGCAGAGAAUGCAAAAGAGCUUGAAGAGGAACAAAACAGACAACGACAGUUACAGGCGGAACAGGAACGAGAGAAGAGAAGAAGGGAAGAGUAUCAAAGAAAACUUGAAGAAAUGAAAAGGAAACAGAUCUUAGAAGAACAAAGGAAACAAGAGGAACUGAUGAAGAAGAUGAAGGAAGAAGAAGAGCGACGUUUGGCUGAGGAAGAAAUGAUGGCAAAGAUGGCUGAAGAAGAGCGAUUAGCCUAUGAGGAAAAGAAAAGAAGGGAAGAGGAGGAGAGAAAGAGAAAGGAAGAAGAAGACAGGAUCAGAAGAGAGGAAGAGGCAAAGAAAGCUAUGGAGGAAGCACGCAAGCUUGCUGAAGAGAUGGCACGGCGACAGGCGGAGUUAGAGGCCCGCCUAAAGUUCAAUCACACCAUACAGGUCGAGUCUUCUGGCAUGACCCACUCGCAGAGUAUGACUCGGGCUUUCGUAUUCUCCUACUAUGAAUUACUGUCCUGGCUUGGACUUGAUAUCCCUGAGUUUGAGCUGCUAAAACUCAAUCAGUAUUAG